GGCUCCUGCACUUCGGGGACAGCCGGCUGACGCAGGGCCUCCUGGCACUGUUGCUACGUGGAGCCACGGUCGCGACUAGCUCAGAGGGAGGCGACCUUCGAACUCUGGACCUCGCCUCUUCCCCACGUUUGGCCCUGGGCUUGGCAUUUCUACUUCUGAAGAGGAGCAGGGAAGUCCCUUCUACCCGGGCCAAGCUGGUCUAUUCGGUUCUCUCGGCCUUGCUGGAGGCCUGCCAUGCAGAGGAAAAAAUCGAAGGCAUCGAAGGUUGGAGCGGCCGAGGCCGAGGACUCCGAGGAGGCCGCGGUGUCACUAGCGCCAAGUUGCUGGGGCAGCUUUCGGGGCCAGAAGCUCUGCUGGACCGCUUCUUCGAGCGAUCAGGCGAUCUCGAUGACGAGGCCGAGGACGGCUCCGAGGGCUCAUGGAAGCCCUGGCUUCGGCUUUUUCUCUGCAUUGCCGACCUUGCCCGGGGCAGGUGCGUUGAGUGCGGCACCGUUUGGGCCUGGGAGUUUGAAGGUGGUCCGCGGUCGGUUGAAUUCAGCGAUCCCUUAGCAGAUGGAGGGCAGGCCCUGGCCGGCAUGGAGAUGCAGGCGAACAUCAUAUGCUGUCCUCUGGCCAAUUGGCUGAUGAAGAACUCUCCCACUUUCACCUCGGCAUCACGCUCGGAGAGGCCAGUAGAUGUCGAGGCUCCGGAACCCGAGCACCGAAACUCCGACAGCUCCUUUCUGGCUGUUGAGCCGGAGAGCUUGUUGGAGAUGUUGAACCACGGUAGUCAGUGGGAGGUGGGCGAGGACCCCACACCGCAACAGCUUGGACAAACAGAGUGGUGGCCCGCGAUGGAGGCGCAGAAGCCAGAGGCGAUCCCAAUGCUACUUCUGGCCAUCAUGGCUACUCAGCGACCGUGGGUUUGGCAGCUGCCCUGGAGCACCAGCUUUCGAUUCCAUCUGACUCACGCGCUCUACCUGAUCAAGGCAGCAGCCGCAGGCAUGGACACUUAG